AAUCUUAGUCCUAUUCGGGAACAUGAGCUUCCUGAAGUGUGAGAGACUUUGCUUAGUAGAAACAAGUGAGGUGAUCAGUUUGCUGUGGUGAAGAAGCGGUUUUAUGUUGUUUUUCCAGCUCAAUCCAAAUUGAAGCCGGUUGGCGGUUUCCCGUUGACGUCGUCGUCGUCGUCUGUCAUUCGGGUUAUACUCGAUCAGGGUUAUCUGGGUGCCCUUCUUCGGAUUAACUUCCCCUUCUAACCUCGAUUGAAAUCAGCUUAACAGCUGAGUAUCCCACAAACGGAGUGAGAUAGUUGACAUUUUCUUUGUUUGACGAUGAAGUUUGUUAUUGGUCCUUCUAUAGUAGACCGCAGAGGCUAAGGCGUCACCAACUGUCGCUGCGUUACGCUGUGUCAAAAAAUCGUAGCGAGUAGGUAGUCUCUCACGCGUGUGUGCACGUGUGACGCAUUCCCUCAGGUGCACUCAGUCAGACUUCUUCAUGGCGAAUCUUUCGACCAGUAUCUGCUGGACUGACUCUUCUCUGCUACGCUAGCCUAGGCUUAAUAAUUGAGCAAGUGCAGCCAGCUCGCAGCUAGCUACAUUCUCCCCUUUGAGGGCAGACGAGGCAGUAAUCCAUGAUGCAGCACAUGACGACCUAUGCCAGCUCCAACAUCACCACGGAGCUCAUUCAGAAGGGGAUUUCUGGGUUAUGGUACACAGUACUUGGACGAGAAUAAACAGCUGAUUCUCGCCAUUCUCGACAACCAAAACCUCGGCAAGCUCAAUGAGUGUGCGACCAGGUAUCAAGCGAAGCUGCAGCAGAACCUCAUGUAUCUGGCCGCUAUAGCUGAUGCCCAGCCACAAGGCCCAUCUACGCAGAUGCCAGCGCCCGCGCCAACUAUGCAACCAGCUCAACAAUACAUGCAACAGCAGCAACAGCUCCGCAUGAUGAGCCAACAAAAUGCCAUGAUCCCCUCCUACCUGCAGCAAAGCCAACAAGUUUCCCAGCAGAACUUCUACAGCCAACAGAGCCUGCUUACCGGCGGUGGCAGCUCCAUCCACAUGAUGUCCACUGAUCGCGGCAUGGGAGGCAAUGGGUCACAAGCCUCACCUGGAUAUUCUGACGGAGGGCGAGAUCAGAACCAAUUGGGUAUGACGAUGCAGGGCGACAUGCAUGGUGGAAACGGCACUGACUUGGGCUGCUCCUCACCUCUCGGCCACCGGGGAGAUGGCGGUGGCGGCCACGGCCAGGGCAACGACGACUCUGAAGCUUCUUACUUGAAGGGUUCCGAUGGCAGCAGUCUGAACUAGCUAGCUCCUGGACCGGCUUAUUUGCCAAGUUUCUUGAGGUUCGGACGUACUUGUAUGGGAAUAUAUUAGAGCAGCCCCACAGUGUAAAGGCUCUGGCUGCUUUUUUGAGAGGCGAAGGUGGUAGAUAUCGAAGCAGAUCAACCAUGCGAGGUAUGUGGGUAAACGCUUGCUAGAAAACUGAAGUGCCUCACAAUUUUGUCCGGUCUGGCUUAUGGGUUCCCCGCGCGCUUAGGUGACGAAUACCUGUGAGGUUCCUACUUCCAACAGGCUGCGGAACGAGGGCUUUUCAGUGUAGUGUGCAUCACCAGCGUAGUGUACAAGUUAUUCUGAGGGAGGGAUGUGGGAUGUAACACGGUUCGCAAACAAUAUUAUGGCUUCAUUUCAUCACA